CCUUCCUCCGGUUGUUUCUGCUUCUCUGUCUUGUAGCUACGCUUUUGAUUAGGGUUUUGCGAAGUUAUGGUUGUCGGUGCUGCUCCGCGGAUGCUCCUUUUACCUUUUUAGUGCGGUUCUCGAUCUGGGUUUGCGUUGAGAAGAGUUGGGUUCCGCUGCAUUUUGGGCUAGUUGGGGGAUAGGAUUCAAUUCACCCUCCAAGUUUUGAAAUUCAUGCUUAAGACUGCUUGGAUUGAUCAUUGAUGGUCGAGUCCGAACCGGGGAAUUUCUGGGAUGAUCUUAUUUUUCUACGAUAUUGGAAGGAGGAUCGAGACAUCAGAGUCAAUUCUAGAUUUGAUUAACUUUGCACUUGAAUGGUUCUCCAGUCAUGAGGACGAGGGGGAUGCACAAUACCUAUGGUCGUAUGAGAGGUUGCUAUAAGGAUGUCAAGGCCGUGGCUCCUUGUUUUCCUGCUUUUGCUCAUUGUGUUUACAUCUCAGUUUGAGUGGAAGCAGCAAUUCGGUAAUGAGAAUGACCUGACUCCAGACAAGUCGCAGAAGGAGCAAUAUGUUUCUGAAAGGGAAGAAACCGUGAAAGAAAAGAUUAUCCUCUCUCAAGAGAAAAAUAUUCACAAACUCAAUGAGCUUGUUCAAAAUCUCCGCCAACAGCUGCAUCAGUGUAGGGGCGAAAAUGAUAGCAGUGGUCCUUUAACAGAAAUACUGACAGAGCUUGAUCGGCAUCCAAUCUUGGAGGACUAGUCAUGUAACAUUACUGAGCUUUAAGGUUGUAAGUAACUAAUUUAUGUAUUUCUAUAGAAGCAUUUUGUAUGAGCUUGAUAUACCAUGCCAUCAUUGGAGUUGACUGAUGCAUGCCUUCUUUGCUUCCACAAAAUCUUUAUGUUAAUCACAUUCAUUAAUUUUUGGGUCCUCAUCUUGCUAAGCAAUCUUGAGGGUGAUCUGUGGUUUGACUCCGGUUA